AUGACCCUGCGCUCGUCCGAUUUACUGCUGCCCGGUGCCGGAUUUGCACCAGCUGAGCAUCAUCCCAUGUCAUCGGCAGCCUCCGUCGCGGCCUUGAGUGCGGUUAGUACCAAGACAGCCGUGACAAUCAACGUUCACAAUGCCGGCGACACGAGCGGCUAUGUCGCUUACGGAGUUGAGCGCGUUCGGGCUUGGAAGGACUCUGUGCAGGCAGGCCCCUACCAGAAGGUGAAGGUUCACCCACACGGGUUCGCAGAAAUGAAGGCCCGCCUGGUGCAGCAGGAGUUAUGUCGCCAUCUCGGAGGCUUGAAUAGCCCCAGAGUGUCCCUGAGCCCUAGCACAACCAUUCCUGAGUCGCCUGUGCCCUCGUCAGAAUUUGAGGAUGCAGUUCCGGAGCAGGAGCUUCACAGAGGGUCUGGUGUUUCUGUGGAACGCCGCCGGUGUAGAGGCCGCCCGGUGAUCUUCAAGAAGUAUUUCCAGAGCACGAUGCCCACACACCACUCCCUCCAGGAACAGGUGGCUUAUGAGCUGAGCUUAUACUACAAGGAUCUAAAGGGUCUCAGCAACGUGGUUCAGAUUGAGACUCAUUUCUAUGACCCAUUCCACAAUCUGACGUUGGUGUUUCCCGAUCUUGGGAGCAACCAGUAUCCUCGGGACAGAUCUGGUAUAACCAGCUACAUGAGACAGAUGCUGUUGGCACUGGAUGGUUUGUGGAAGCGAGAAAUUGUCCACUGCAACAUCAAAGGUGGCCCCAAGCCGAAUGCCAUCUUUGAUUCUGGUGGCAAACUGACACUGAUCGACUUUGAAUCGGCGGUCAGGCGUCAUGAGCUCAUUGACCAAGGACAGAAUCCCGCUCCGUUCAGUAGUCACUUGAGUCAGACGCUCUGCUACCGAGGAAAUCCCCAUUAUGUAGCCCCGGAAGUGAUGGUUUCACAGCAAGGACACAACCCGUACGGCAGAACAAGGUUCGGACGUCGCAGGGAUACUUUCAGUGCAGGUGUUGUCUUUGCCGAGCUGGUAUUGAAUGUGCACCACAUGUUCAGAUAUUCUACUGGCUUUGUCUCGGACGAAGAUAUCAUUGAGGCCCACGAAGUGCUGAGGGGACGGCUGUCCAUACAGAGUCCAGCUACUGUCUUGGGUUGCUACGGCAGCUUCUUGUUGGAUCACUCCGAGUUUAAUCAUUUGGCAUCUGACCUAAUUGUGAAGAUGCUCAACUGUUGUCGGGUUUCUCGACCAACACCAGCGAGCCUUCUUCAGCAUUCGCUUUUUCAACUAUGA